AGAGGAGAGACUGUAUUGCAUUGUUGAGUUGAUUUUCUAUUGUCGAAAAUCACGUACGCCUCCUUCCCGCUAGACGUCGCCUGGGACAGCGGCGUCUACAACAUCUGAUACAUUGGCAAGUUAUGUCACAGAAUAUCGGAUGGAGAAUGGGAGAAGAUAUCAUGCUUAUCAAGAAGGCAGUUAUUGGGGUCCAAAUGACGAACAGUCUUGUGAAGGCGAGACACUGUCACAUACCAUGUACACCCUGACUCUUGGCGGAGAGCUACAUUUGGCACCUAUCAAAUCGCCGCGAGAGAUCCUGGACGUCGGGACUGGCACGGGCGUUUGGGCCAUUCAGAUGGCAGAUAAGUUUCCCGAGGCACAGGUCACUGGAACAGAUUUGUCGCCCAUUCAGCCGGAUCUGGUCCCAUGUAAUUGUGUGUUUGAGAUUGAUGACGUUUCGCUGGAAUGGACUUGGGACGACAAUCAACUCGACUACGUCCACGUCCGCGAAAUGUUUGGUUCCAUCAAAGAUUGGGACUUGUUUUGCAGUGAAGCAUUACGAUGCAUUGCACCUGGUGGUUACGUUGAGAUCAUGGAGCACUCCACUUGGCCGGUUAGUGAUGAUGAUUCGUUAGGACCUGAUCAUUUUUACAACACUUGGGGUCAAACCAUUGCUGACCUUGGUGUCGAGUGGGGCAAGACCUUCGAUACAUGGAAAGAGAGCAAAGCUUUACUAGAAAAGGCUGGGUUUGUGGACGUGGUCGAGAAGCGCUUCAAGUGGCCUAUGAAUGACUGGCCGGAUGACCCGGCGUUGAAACGACUUGGAGAGCUCAAUCGCAUUCGCAUAACUGAACACAUCCAAGGAUUCACCUUGAGAUUACUAACUGGUGCUGGCAAGUGGCCACUACCACGAGCACAUGUUUUUCUGGCCGAGAUGAGGAAUGCCCUGAAGGAUGUUGAUUGCCAUGCAUAUCAAGAUGUAAGCGUCGUGUAUGGCAGGAAGCCAGCUUGAGUAGCGCGACCUGGUGAGAUUGGACAGUUGAUCUU